GCUAUGUUGUAAGCGAAGGUGUGAUUGGUAACGUAGCGGCAUGGACACAAUUCGUUUUCAGGAACUUUCGUUAAUGCCUGUAAGGUUCUUAUGAAUGUCUACGCUCUAAGCUAUGGAAGAAACUGUACAGCCCGAGAGUAAUGGAUUCACACCAAUAAAACUACCGCCAGCUACUGGACCACGCCCACAUCGUUGUGAAGUUUGUCAACGCUGUUUUAGAGAAGUUGCAACAUUAAGGAAGCAUGAGCAACUUCACCGGGCUGAUCGCCCUUAUGUCUGUACAACAUGUGGCAAAUCUUUUCUCUGGUCCUCAAAUCUAAAAGUUCAUGAACGUGUUCAUACAGGGGAAAGACCCUACAAAUGUAAGAUUUGUCAUCGAUGUUUUACUCAAUCGAAUGAUCUCCGACGCCAUGAGCGUAACGUACACAUGCGAGGAAAAUUAUGCGGGUAUAAAACUCAGGGACGAAAUACCACGAGCCAAGUCAAUCUUGCCACCUAUCAAGCUUUUGCAAUGCAACAGAGGGCCAUGCUACAACAAGCUCUUACAUACGAGAGUAUGAGAAUGCAACAGCAGCAGACCGUCGCCUCUACGCAGGGGCAUAUUCUUCAUCAUCAUUCUCCCCACGAGCCCCCACAACGGGGGGUGCCAUUACCCAUCACAAAAGAACACAGCCUACUUACUACCUCGAAUAAUCCUCUCCAUAAGGCCGACAGUCCCAUCAAACUGGAACAGGUGACUCCUCCGUCGACACCUAUUAUCGACCGUGGCGAGCGCCACCAUGAAAAACGAUGUUUAUCUACCUCAUCAGAAAGUCUACAGAGUCCUCACUCUUCAAACUACACUCAAGGACGCAUGAUUCACUCAGCUCCUAUUCUAAUGUCAUCAGGUGCUUAUGGUGUCAGUAAAGCUGGCUAUAGUCAAGAUGCCCUCAUGAUGAGGCGUCCAAGUUAUUCCCCGCCUGAAAGUUCAACCAAUCAGACUGCAGGAAUCGGACUACCAGCACCACACAGACGGGAAUACAUCCCAGCCUCUUACUGCCAGGAGCCCCACAAAUCCCCAGAAGAUACAUUACCAGACACGGUGAUGGAUCUUAGCAUGGCGAAAACACCAAGUGUGACGGAAUCAGAAGAGGAGAGACACGUGCCAUAUCAAACAACUGCUGGAAGAUCACCAAAAACUCCUGGAGAUGAUUCAGAAUGCGAAGGAAAGCGGGAUGUCACCACUACCUCGGUCUCGCCGUCUGCGGAUAGCGGUAUCCAUCAGUGUCAACACUGUAAUAUUUUUUUCUACGAUUACACGAUGUUCAAUCUGCACAAGAGUCUACACUCUCCGUACGAAGAGAAUCCGUUUCGCUGUCCAUCGUGUUCCAAGCACUGUCAGGACCGUAUUGAGUUCAUGUUUCAUACUGUUUGGCACGUCAAGUAUCCCCACACUAUCCCAAACUAUCAUUCCUUUAGGGAUGAGUAUGUUGCUUGAUAACACAUUAAGGUGACAGGAUGUGCUUUUCAACCUGUGGUUUUAUUAAACAAAAUUGAGAGAAUUAUAAGCAGAAGCUUUGCCAGCAGCAUUAUGUUCUUAUACCUUUUCUUACCUAGUCACAUAUCUUACACCUGGUUGUCAUGGAUACAUCCAGGUACUCAAGGACACCUAUAGAA